GGGCGAAUUUAUCAUAAAGUGAUGAUAGAAAGGAGAAUAAUAUAAGAAGAAAGAGAGAGAGAGAGAAAGAGAAAAAAGGAAGAGAGAAAGAGAGACAGAUAGAUAGACUGAUGUAAGGAAGAAAGAAAGAGUUACAGGGAGAGAGGGAAACUCGAGCUUAUUAUUGUGCUCAGCUACUGUAUACAAAUAGUACAACUCGAGAGACAACCGUAGUUCGAUUUCGUGAAAAGUCACGCGACAAUAUCUCCAACAUACGACAAACGCGCGACUAGAGCGUGCUAAUAACUUGCAGUGCUGCCCUAGUGUAUCUACUUACUGAGGAAAAAGAAGAAAAAGAAAAAGCUCAAAGAAGAUGAUCGUUGACUUCGGAAGGAUACGCUAUGCCGAAUGGAACUGACGUCAGGAAGUAGAAGCGAUUAUGCGGAGAUUUAUUCGAACAUCGUAAGAACGAGGAGGUCGUACGAAAGGAUACAGUGAAGAAGACCAGAAGAGAGAAAGAGGGAGAAAGAUAGAGAGAGAUAGAGAAUGAAGAUCAACGUCAUCUUCGCGUGCGCCACGGCUUUAACGAUAACAUCCGUGGCCUCGAUUACAAAGAUAAGCGCCACCUCAGCGACCUCCGUGAAGCCAAUCGAAGAAGGUGAGGAAGAUUAUGCUCGAGUUCUAGAGCUCUCUCUAUUGUUCUACGAAGCGCAACGAUCCGGUAAACUUCCGGAAAACAACAGAAUAUCCUGGAGAGGUGACUCCGCAUUGAGUGAUCGCGGAAUCAAUGGCGAAGAUCUUACGGGUGGUUAUUAUGACGCCGGUGACUUCGUAAAAUUUGGUUUCACCAUGGCAUCAACGACAACUCUUUUAGCAUGGGGAGCUGUUAGCUGGCCGGAAGCUUAUAUCGAGGCCGGCCAACUCGAUGAAAUUCGUAAAGCCAUUAAAUGGGCUACCGACUACUUUAUCAAAUGUCACGUAAGCGAGUUCGUCUUUUACGGACAAGUUGGAGAUUUUUCGGUCGAUCAUACGUAUUGGGGAAGACCGGAAGAAUUAAAUACAACAAGGCCAGCUUACAAGAUCGAUCCUGAUCAUCCUGGUUCCGAUUUAGCCGGUGAAACCGCAGCGGCACUCGCAGCAUCCAGCAUCGUAUUCAAGAACGUCGAUCCAAAUUACAGCGAACGCUGUCUCAAACACGCCAAGGAGCUUUAUAAUUUUGCUAACAAAUAUCGUGGUCUUUAUCACAGUGCAAUUCGUGGAGCAGCGCAAUAUUAUGAAAGCACUGAUUACGGAGACGAACUAGCAUGGGCCGCUGCUUGGCUCUUCAAAGCAACUAACGAUUCGAGAUAUCUCGAGGAUGCCGAGCAUCAUUAUCAACAUUUUCAUCUUAAGGAAAGACCAAACGAAUUCUUUUAUAAUAAAAAGGUUGCCGGUGUUCAGGUUUUGCUAGCACAAUUGACAGGUCAACCGGAAUAUCAAAAUGCCGCGUGUGCUUUCUGCGACUUUUCCGUUCGACAACAAAAGCGCACACCUAAAGGACUAUUGUACAUCGACAAAUUCGGUACUCUUUGUCAUGCUGCAAACGUGGCGUUUGUUUGCCUGCAAGCUGCUGAUUAUCCCAAUAUCGGUGAUCCCCAGGAAUAUCGUGAAUUUGCAACGCAGCAAAUCUCAUAUAUGCUAGGUGAUAGAGGAAGAAGUUAUGUGGUUGGAUAUGGAUAUAAUCCACCUGCACAACCACAUCACGCAGCAUCCUCCUGCCCAAAUAAACCUGCCCCUUGUGGAUGGCCAGAAUUCGACAGACAAGAACCUAAUCCUCAAAUACUUUAUGGUGCUUUAGUAUCUGGACCUGACGAGGCCGACAAGUUUCAAGAUCAUCGAGAAGAAUAUAUUUAUACCGAAGUGACGCUCGACUAUAACGCCGGUUUCACGAGCGUUUUAGCGGGAUUAUUACAGCUACGAAUUAAGAAAGUAGAAUAAAUAUUCACAUCUAGGACGUUCGAUCGAAUAAGAAUUAGACGUACGAUCGUUACAUCAAAGACGUGACACGUCGACGACACCUGUCUGACGGACGCCCGUCGCUAUCAAUGCUUACAUGUGAUUUGAUUUAACAUAUCUUGAAUUUUUUAAACGUCGUAUAAUAUCGUAUACCUAUUUGGCAAAGCAAAAUUUCGAAUUUUUUAUUUCGAAUGAUUACAGAUACUUGAUACGACUUUUCGUACUAAUCUAAAUGAUCUUCAUCUAGAUUUACUUUGUUGUUCUUUAUAUUUUUUAAUUUAAACGUCAUAUAAUAUAUGUAUAUACAGUGUCUCUGAGUGAUUUGUCGUUUAGCUGCGGGGAAAAUUUGACUGCGACAAUUUUUUCUCUUUUCUUUUUUAUAAACAGAAAAAGUAUUUUUAAUCAUAUGGAAGAAGAAAUAUUUUUUUAUCCAAUGUCGAUCGUUCCAUUGAUUUUAUUUAAUAGACGUAUUUCCCUGUGUUUCCUUGCAGCAAACCUUAAAAUACCUACAGAGUGCUGAUCUUCUAGUAUUAUCGUAUUAUCGAAGAUUCGAUAAAGAUACGAUAACAAUUCGUUAUUUUUAAUUUUCUUUCCCUUAAUUACGGGCUAUCGUUAGAAGAGAUCCAAGGAUGGCUAUGAGCUAUAUUUUUCUUACUUGCCUCUUGAUCGUAAUUUAUUUCCGUACCUUUUGCGAAAAGAACAAUUUUUGUUUCGUGGAAACACGUUAAUGACGAAGUUUAAUCGACCACUUUUAUUUUUUAAGACUUAAGUCAAGUAUCCUUUGACUUUAUCUUUUUUUUCUUUUUUUUUUUUCUUUUUUUUUUAUGAAAGUAUACCAUCUAAUAUACUUUUUAUGUAACACUUUAGAAACCUUAGGCUUAGCUCGUUAUUGCUUUUUUCUCACUAUCAGGCUGUGUACUAUAUUAUGUUAUUAUAUUUCAUCGCGUCGUAUUAUACGAGUAUUAAAUAAUUGAAAGACAAAAAAUGUUAUUUUUUGUCUGUAUUAUAAUGUUUUACAAUAAGUUAGAAUUGUAACUUGAAUUAUAUACUUAUUUAGAGUAAUCAAAGUUUUUGAUUAUUAACAGGAUUGUUCAUUGAUCGAUAUCAAUGAUUUGAUCGUACAAUUAAAUUUUUUACAUCGAUCGAAACAUUUCUUUCGUGUUUACGUAAUGUAAAUUUGGAUCGUAAAUGUCCACUUAUGUCUCAAGUGAGUCUUUCCAUGUCGUAUUAUUGCCUCGAGCCAAAAGUAAAAGUAUGCUAAACCGUCGAGUCGUCGAAAAAGAGUUCCGAGCAUAUUGAAUAUUUCAACUAGAAAAUCAUAACACGAUUCUCGUCUAUAUACGUAUUGAUAUCAAAAUUUUCUCUUAACACGUUUCUGCUAUCAAAAGUUAAGGUUAAGCUAUUUUUGAGCACAGUCAUGGGAAGAACGAUCGGUAUAGGUAUGACAGAUCAAAUAAAAAAUGAGUAUGUACGAACGAACGAGCAUGCGAAUGUAUAUGUGUGCGUGUAUGUUUGUAUAUAACUAAGGACAAAUAGAAAAAUCGAUAUUUGCAAAUUGUGUCGACGAUAUAAAUAUUUCCACAUCGAUCAUAGGUCGAUACGAAUAUUUCCAUAUCGAUCAGGAUCUUCUAACAAUGUUAAGUAAUAAAUUAUAAAGUAAACAAG